CAAUGCCAAAUUACGCAAAACAAUGCAAACAAAUGCCAAUACACGCACAACCACACCUCGAAGUCCGUAGAUAUGACAACUAGCCAGAAGGAGUCUGCGGAUUUCAACGGCAAAGAGACGCUGGAGGAGCAGGCCAGGGCCAAGCGUCGAGCUCCUCCUUCCGAGUGCCGUGGCCUACGGCGACGGUCUCCCCGCGGGCGGCAAAGGUGUGAAGUUCGAGGUCAUGACCGCGGAGGAGGUCCACAACGGCUGGUUCGGAGGGACAUCGGCCCACAAGCGACCGAAGAGAUCAAGGCGUCCGAGAUGGGUGUGUCCGAGAGCCCGCAGUAUUACGACUACGCCGAGUCCACAGGCGUCGCAAUCACCCUCCAGAGUGGCGUGUCCGAGAUCCCGCAGUACGACAACGUCGCCGAGACCAAGGGCGUUGGCAUCGCCCUCCCGAGCGACGUAGCCUGCGGUGCGGGUGAGACCUCUGAGAGUUUCAACGAGUUCUAAUGGGUCCACGCUGAGGCGGGAAUAGUUCGAGCCAGCCCGCUGACUGGGACUACGCCCUCAACUGGGAAAGCCAACAAUGCCAGUUCUGCCGAUGACCCGUCCCCGUUAGACGCAAGCCUCCUAAUCGAUGUAGCGCACGACCUUGUCAAGUUCUCCAGCGAAAUGGGUUGCAGCCGUCCAUUGAGCGAGCUCAGGCAGGAAAUGGGCAAUACUUGCACGAUUGAUCUCAUCCACGAGGCGUGGGAAUCAUGGGAGAUAUUUUGAGUGUUCUCUUGCACUUGUAGAAGAUAUCGGUUCAUCGACCCCUGGGAGAUACCCGGCUCUA